AUGUCAAAGCUUCCCCUGAAAACCAUUUUCGUACAUUUUAUCGGUUAUCUUGCGGUUAAAGGACUAAGCGACCUUGAUCUGUGGAGCUGGGUCGUGGAUCUCGACAGCAGACUUUUCAAGCAAACGAAGGGCAAAGGUUUUUCAUUUUAUGGAACACUACAGACUGAUGGCGUAGGGGUGAGUGUCAUCAAGCAAAAUUUCGCAAGUCGCAAAGGAGGCCGGCAAAAAAAGGCGAUGGUUCUGGACGAAGCUGUACCGUACGUUGACUCGCUUGUUCCAAUUGAGCAAAAAUGCCUGGAGGGCCGCUGUGUGUUGGUCGACCCAGGAAGAAGAGAUUUACUUUUCUGCAUGCACGAGUACUCCGAACAAACGCAAAGAUUCUCUAUCGUUACACCUCUUGCCAGAAGGCGAAUGAAUUGAAAAGUACAGAAGGAUCAGAGAAACAUUAGUCAGCCAAUUCCCAAAUAUCAAGACUGCGCAGGAAAAAUUAUCACAACAUCCCAUUUCAGUCAAUGACCUCAAGACGUAUUGUCGCAAUCUACGGGAAACCGCAAGCGUAUCUCGGGUA